AUGAUGGUUGUAAUGAUGGGCGCGAGAUGGCUCACGUGGUUAGAGCGCGAAUUUACUGACCGGAAGGUCCGUGGUUCGAACCGGAUCUUUGCAUUUCGAAUUCCCUUUUCUAGGUUUGAGCAACCUGGCAGUAUCUCAACGCUCGUGCUUCCUUCGGAUGGCAUGCCAGCUAGGCACCAAACGAUUUACUUUUAUUUAUUUGACGCCCUCGAAUUUCUUCUCAGUGUUUUGGACUCACUGCAUUCGGAACUUAAACAGUCCUCCACAUCGACAAGUCCUGAGUCUUCACGAACUCAGACUCCGGAUACCACACUGAUAGAUAAUAACUCCCCGUUGGACCACGCAUUGCGGAACAAUGCUAGUGACUCCUUAUUGUCCAGUCGUCCUCGAUCGCACAACGGGGGCAGUACUGUGCCCAUUAAUAUCACCACAGUUCCUCCAACCUGUCAACCACCGGUUUUGACGAAAAAAACCGGUCGUGGUCUAUCUGGUUUAUUUCGUGCGCACAAGAAACAGGGCGCGAAGAAACUCAGUGGAGUCAUCCUCACGACCAAUUCCAGCCCUCCAGUUAGUCGCUCUGAGCUUCCAGUUCCCCCGGUUACUGAAGGUGUCCAUCCAAAGAUUCUUGCUUGGGAUCAAGAAAACAUGAGAGAAUCUAGUCCAAUCAAGGACAUCUUCAUGGGUCAACUACAAACCUACCGUGAAUGUCAGGCCUGCGGUUGUGAAACUGUGUCCUACGAAGUCGUGUGGAACCUGAGCGUGCCGAUUCCCACGGAUACGUUGGUCAAUGGCACGUCACCAAGUCCCAUUCUUGACGGGGAUUCCGGCCGUCGAUACGGUGGAUCGCUUCACAAUACCGUGAAUACAAAGUACCAUACAAACUCAAGUCCCGGUGUUUCUAAACGGCUUCCACCACGGUCAAACCCUGAAAUCAGUAAUCCGUUGUUUGAUGGUUCUUCCAGACAGUGGGGGGCGAGAUGGCCCAAGUGGUUAGAGCGCGAAUUUACUGACCAGACGGUCCGUGGUUCGAAAUCCACCUCUGCCACUCGACUUCCCCUGUCUAGGCCUGGGCGACCUGGCAGUAUCCCAGCCCUCGUACCUCCUCCGGGUGAAUCGGAAUAUUAG